AUGACCUCUAUGUAUGAACGCCUUCAUGACAGUUCUGUUUCAAACAAAGCGAGGUCGACCAGCUGUGUGACAUUAGCUGUGGUUUUGGGCUGUCUGACCGUCCUGGGGAUCUUGCUUGCCAUCGCUGUACUGGAAAGACCACCAGAACCCAAAGAUCAUGAGACUCUUCCCGGGGAAGCUGGUGGUGGCAAUUCCUCUACGGACCAGUGCAGCAUGGCCCUGGUGGAGAGCAUCCCUCAACAUGUGAAAUAUAAAGCCAAUGUAACGCUUGGCGUCCCUCUGGAAAAGGUCUGGAAAGAUCUUAUCUCAAUGGCAACACACCAAGUGGAUGUGGCCUCUUUCUACUGGACUUUAACUGGGGAAGACAUCAAUGUUAACUCUUCCUCUGACAUACCUGGACGGGACAUCCUGAAAGAACUUGAAGAGUUGCCCUCCAGAAAUGUAUCUGUCCGAGUGGUGACGAGCAUUCCCAGCGUUAACACAAACUCCACAGAUUUAAAGAUCUUAAAACAGAAAGGGAUUCAGGUGAGGAAGGUGAACUUUGGCCGCUUGACGAGGGGCGUCAUGCACAGCAAGUUCUGGAUUGUUGAUAGAAAACAUGUGUUUAUCGGAAGCGCCAACAUGGACUGGAGGGCUCUCACACAGGUGAAGGAACUGGGAGUAGUUGUCUACAACUGCUCCAGUCUAGCAAAGGACCUCCAUAAGAUUUUCCAGUCUUACUGGGUGAUGGGACAAUCCAACAGCUCCCUGCCUCAGCCCUGGCCUGCAGAGUACGACACGGACAUCAACAAAUAUCACCCCCUGCUGGUGAAAACGGAUAAUGUCUCCAGCAGGCUUUACCUUGCAGGUUCUCCACCAUCAUUCUGUCCUCCAUCAAGGACACAGGACCUUGAGGCUAUCCUCUCGAUCAUCUCGGAGGCCCAACACUAUAUCGAUAUAGCCGUCAUGGAGUACUUCCCCACCACGCGCUUUGAAAAGCCUCGGAGAUACUGGCCAUUCAUUGACGAUGCCAUCAGAGUGGCCGCAUUCGAGAGGAAGGUUGAGAUCCGGAUGCUGAUCAGCUGUGGGCAGGACUCUGAUCCAGCCAUGCUGCCCUUCCUUCAGUCUCUAGCCUCAAUGGACAGCCCUCACCAUGAUAUCAGCAUCCAAAUAAAAUUGUACAUUGUGCCUGUGGGAAACCAGUCUGAUAUUCCAUAUUCCAGAGUCAACCACAAUAAAUACAUGGUGACUGAUAAGGUAGCCUACAUUGGUACCUCCAAUUGGUCAGGUGACUACUUUGAGACCACAGCUGGAGUGGGUCUGGUGAUUUCCCAGCAUGCUCCUCACCCUGUAUGGAAGACCGAGGCCCUGCAGAGCCAGCUCAGGGCGAUCUUUGACAGAGACUGGCACUCUGAGUUUGCUGUGCACCUCGCUGACCUGGGGCACCACCCAGACUGUGCACUAUCAAGAUGACGCAAACUCCUUUAUAAAAUUUACAUAUAACUGUGUAUGUUUAUUUUCUUAUCAAGGCCAACAUAGUUGUGACUGAUAUUGCUGUUUUUAUGUUAUUUCCAUGCUGUGAAUGCUAAAAACAAUUUAAUUAUAUUCUUUAAGUGCACUGAAAGUGAGGAGGAAGUGGACACUAUUACAAAUGAUUUUAAAUGUUUAAAGUACACCAGCUGUUUUAUCCUCAGUUAUUUGACUUGAAUGUAAUGCACAUGCAAAUAUGGUUUAUUAAGUUGUCAUUGAUGUUUUUAUAAGAUGUAGUGCGUGUUUAGUGCUGAGCUGAAAGUUGAAUAAUAUGCUUACUGAAUAUACUGUAUAAUAAUUAUUAAAUACUGUAUGUGGUUAAUAUACUUUAUAAUUCUUAAAUAUACUGUAUGUCAACAUCCUUGAGAUUGCAGUGAGUUCAACAACAACCCUUGUGUCACAGCCUUGGUAAUCAGAAUAGCCAAAGCCAGUCAAAAGAAUAUAAGCUAUAAGUAUAACAUCAGUAGACUACAGCUUUAGCUGUCAACCAGAAACUCAGUUAAACUUAUUUUGGCAUUGGGCUCAUGCAGAUUUCUUAGGGAAAGAAAUGUCAACAUUCAUAACUGAUAACAUCGUCUCUAACAUUAAGAUUUGUUAGAAGGAGUACUUUUUGGUUUGUUCAAUUUUUAUAAAAUGAAAAGUCCUUAUCUUAACAAAGCUCUUAAAAAUAUUAAAUUAAAAAUAAAUAUACUGACAUGUG